AUGGACGUCAUCAUCCCCCAACCAGACUCCAUGGUGGACAUGGACGACUGGUACAACUAUCCCUUGUCCACAGCUGACAUGACUGAGUCGUUUGUGGGAUGCUCGUCGAAUCCUCUUGCGUCCUACGGCCAGUCCAUCACUGCCAACUUCACCCCAUCACCACAAUACUUGAACAGCCAAGGAACACAGUAUCCCUGGAACACGAUUGACACGAGCAUGUUCUAUCAAAAGACGCCUCCAGAAUCGAUGACCACUGCUGGCACAUCUUUCGCACAGUAUGUGCCAGAUCCCACGCCAUGCUACAGCUCAAACGGUUUCUUCGGAGGAUACACCGGCGAGGACGAAGCCGGAAACAGCGAUUCCAGCUACGAUUACCGGGUGCCGGAUCUCGAGCCGUCACUUUCAGAUUCCGCGACCUGUUCAGAAACCGAAGACUGUGCGAUGACAUCAACGACCACGCAGCAAAGAUCUCAGAACCCGAAGACGCGACGUGGCCGGAGCCGCGAGAAGCGUGCGACCCAGUCAAGAAAAGCCACGGCUCGAGAGCAGAAGCACGCCUCCUCCCGAGUCUCCAGGCUUCAACGGACCAGCUCGAGCGACGGCGAGGAUCUCGCGCACACGCUCGCCAAGCAGACACACUCGGCGAUCGAGCGCAAGUACCGCAACAACCUGAAUGCAAAGAUGUGGCAGCUCCACCGCACGUUGGAGGGCACGAGCUGGAUGUCUUCUACCAGCACCACCACCACCAGCAGUGACGACAACAGUGAUGCGCCACCGCAGCGGCAGGGCGAGCAGCAGCCGCCGCGGAAGUCAGACAUCCUCAGCAACGCACUCCAGUACAUCGACGAGUCCGAGCUGGAGAUGCGGCACAUGUCGGACGAGAUCCAGCGGUUGACGAGCAGGCUGGCGGCGCUGCAGCGCUUGGUCCGGUGUGGGGGCGACUGUGACGCGCUGAAGCAGAUAGUUCAGAUGAAAAUGGCAUCGUAG